AACACACCCUCCAACCACUCAACCGCACUCAACUCAGCACGCCCGCUGAUGGCCCGUCUGGCCCUGCGCCUCAACGUGAGGGGUAGGGGCGGGAGGGGUCGAAGUGCGAAGCAGGCCCCGAGUUGACCGGUGGACCAAAGUAUAAAACUUCCUGAGUCGGUCAUUGGCAUUGUCUUGAGCCUUCAGUUGCGGAGAGUAUGUGAACAAAAUCCAGUAUCAGCAUACCAAACCAUCCAAAAGACCCAAGAACUCUAUCAGCAGAGAAACUGAGAGAGCAGCCAUGAGCGGUAACAUUGCUGUCACCGGGGUCUCUACCUCUCCCGGCCCCAAUGGAUCCGUCCCCGUCCGUCGGGAGCUUCGCGAUCUAGAGCGAAACUACCCCGACCAGUUCAACCUCUACAUCCUCGGUCUCAAGAAUCUCGAGGGACAGGACCAGUCCAGACUGACCUCGUACUACCAGAUAGCUGGCAUCCAUGGCAUGCCCUACAAGCCCUGGAACGGCGUCGGCAGUCAGACCAACUGGCAGUCGACCAGCGGAUUUGGAGGGUACUGCACCCACUCGUCCAUCUUGUUCCUGACUUGGCAUCGUCCAUACCUCGCUCUCUACGAGGCAUGUUUCCCUCAAACCCAAUCGCUUUAUAACGCCGUUCAAGAAGUUGCGAGGCAAUUCCCAGCCGGUGCCCUUCGUGACAGAUACGUUGCGGCGGCCAGAGACUUUCGAGCUCCCUACUUCGACUGGGCAAGCCAGCCGCCUCGGGGAGCAUCAGCGUUUCCAAGCCUCUUCACAUCGCCCAACAUACAGGUAAUCGACGUGGAUGGCAGGACCAAAUCCACUAGCAACCCACUGUACCGAUUCGACUUCCGCCCGGCAAAUGUCCCUCCCGGAGAUCUUCAGCAGUGGAGCCGCUACCAAGCCACUGUCCGAUACCCGAACAGCCGGGGCCAGUCCCAAGACGCGCGCGUCGCCCCCAUCCUUGCCAACGAACUGGCCUCGCUGCGCAGCAACGUCGGCCUCCUGCUGCUGUCUUACACCAACUUCGACGCCUUCAGCUACAACAGGUGGGAUCCCAACACGCGGCCGGGCGAGUUCGGCAGUCUGGAGGACGUGCAUAAUGAGAUCCACGACCGGACCGGUGGCGGCGGCCAUUUCUCGUCUCUCGAGGUCUCGUCGUUUGAUCCCUUCUUCUGGCUGCACCACAUCAACGUGGACCGCCUCUGGGCCAUCUGGCAAGAGCUGCACCCAGACAGCUACAUGUCGCCGCGUCCGGCGCCUUACUCGACGUUCAACUCAACCGGGGGCGAAAUGCAGACGGCGAACACGCCCCUGACCCCCUUCUGGGACGCGUCCGGCACCAAGUUCUGGACGUCGGCGCAGAUCCGGGACACGACCACGUUCGGGUAUGCGUACCCGGAGACGCAGCAGUGGCGGUACCCUGAUUAUCCAACAUACCAGGCCGCGAUCCGCCGCGCCGUCACCGCCCUGUACGGCACCAACGUGUUUGCCAACUUCGUCGCCAACGUCGAGAGCCGGCGCGAGGAGCACGCCUUUGCCAUGAGCUCGUUGGUGGCGGCGCUAGACGGGGAAAAAGAGGCUAACGGAGCGCCGGUUGAGCCCGAGAAGGCAACCACCGACCCAAUCCCUGCCUCGCUCAAGCACCUAGCCCCCUCCAACAAAUACCACGACUGGAUCGUCAACGUGCGGGCGCAGAAGCACGGUCUGAACCAAUCCUUCCGGGUACUCGUCUUCCUCGGUCCCUUCAACGAGUCCGACCCUUCAACUUGGGACACCGAAUUCAACUGCGUGGGGCGCGUGUCGGUGCUGGCGCGGUCGGCGACGGAGACGCAGUGCGCAAAGUGCCGCGUCGAUGCGGCCGAGGAGCUCAUGGUCUCGGGCACGGUGCCCCUGACCUCGGCGCUGCUGCAGGACAUUACCGAGGGCGAGGUGGCGAGCCUCAAGCCCGACGACGUGGUGCCCCACCUGCGGGCCAAGCUCGCCUGGAAGGUGGCGCUGUUCGAUGGCGAGGAGAGGGACGUCCUGUCGGUCCCCGGCCUCAAGGUCAGUGUGGCGUCUACCGAGGUGACCAUCGGGGAGGAGGAUGGUCUGCCGGUGUAUUCCGGGGAGUAUACCGUGUAUCCUGAGAUCACCGAGGGCAAGCCGGCUGGGUUGGCGGCUGGAGAGCACAUCUGA